AUGUCUAGCACCCGACCCUGCUACAUCAGCAGCAGCGAAGGCAAAUUCUCCGUCGCAUUCACCCUCCACGUUAUCGGCGUCUUCUCCACUCGAGCCCUAGCCGUCGCCGCUGUCGAAAGAAUUACACCACAUCACCGGCAAAUACCUGAUAACGUUCAGCUUUGGAUUAUAUUGUACAUUGGCAUCGAUAAGGCCAUCAAAAUCGUUCCCCAACACAGCGACAUGGUUGGCGCGUUUGCAAACCCUGCUAACGCUGUCUUUCUGGCCAUCGACGAAUGUGACAACAAUAUCGUCGACACAAGAAUAUUGGGCACGGCGCAUGACGCUUGGGCAGCAUGCGAAGCUAUGAAGCGUAAGUGCGGUGACUACUGGAAGGAUGAGAAAGAAUGGACUGACAACAACGGAUGUAAACACGGCGAGGCGGAGUUCAACAUAACGACCUCUAGCACCCCGACGGAAGUUGGAGAUAACGUGUCACAGCAGUUGGCUGGCUUAAGAACAACGGGUAUGUUGAAACAUCACUGGUAUGUCAAGGAGGUUGUGAUUGACGAGGAAGAAGAGCGUUAG